AUGUCUCGCCAUCAGGAGGUUCGCAACCUCGACUACAAAGACGUCCUGGAUGACUACGAUGGCUACUGCGAGGAAGAAGACGAGCUUAGCCCCGAGGACCGGGCCCUUAUGACACAGGGCACAAUCACUGUCCAAACUGCUCUUGGUGUCGAGGCUGCCAAAGUCAGCGUUGCUCAGAUCGAGGAGUCUCUUUGGCACUACUACUAUGACACAGAUAAGGUUGUCGAAUACCUUAUCAAGAAGUUCAUCAACCCGCCCCAGAAGACGGCGAAACCCGCUCCCAAUCCUUCGACAAGUGCAGCUCCCAGAGUACAUACUGCGGGGUCGUCUCAGCAACCUCGGCAGGACUUCUCGCACCUCUUCAAGGAUCUUCCGUGGGGCAACAUACCGAAGGACCGGGAAACCGUCUUCAUCCCGCCGCUGCUGCCUCGCAUCGGGCUGCUCGGUGGAUCAGGUUCCCCUCCAAAGAUGUCCAAGCUCCAGCAGCUCGCAGCCGCGAGGAAGAAGAAGGCAGAGGAAAGAGCUGCCCAGCAGAAGCUAGAGCAGACACGAACCAAGAUGACACAGCUCUCCGUCGAGGAACAAGAUCGGCAAAAAGAAAACGCUCCCUCAGAUGGACCGUUUGGCAAACGUCUCAAAACAUCAGAGUCGACUGCUGAAGGUCGUAAGCCUUUGACCACCGCUGAACCUGGACGAUCCGAGCCCUUGAGCCAAUCUACUCCGAUGGCCCUCGAGAACAGCCAGCAUGCGAAAGCAGCCACAGCGGACUCACCAAAACCAACGCCGGAGAAGGCACAGCCAUCUGCUUUUGCCCAGGUUCUCUUCGGGCCUCCUCUAGCAUCGCCGAAACAGAAAUUGCAGGAUGUCUUCCCCUUGACCUACACCGAUUUGUCACCUUCUGUCCUCGAGGCCUUUUCCAAACCCAGUCCGGAUGACGUUGUUUAUGCAGCGCAGGCGAAAGCUGGGAAGAAGACGGCCGCCACCCAAACCAAGAAAAAGGGUGCUUCCUCCCUGGAUGCUGUGGCCAGCGAUGUUAAGGGGUUGAAGAUUGAGGACGCCCCCCUCCCCAAAAGCCGGAAUCUUGACGUGCUCUCCGAAUUCGAAAGGAGCAAAAGCAAGAAAGCUGCCAGCUUUGUGGUUGUCGGUCACGUGGACGCUGGGAAAAGUACCAUGAUGGGCCGGCUUCUCCUCGAUCUCAAUGUCGUCGAUCAGCGCACAGUUGAUAAACUCCGCCAAGAAGCAACGAAGAUUGGGAAAUCUUCCUUCGCCCUCGCUUGGAUAUUGGACCAAAGGACGGAAGAGCGUGCCCGGGGUGUCACAAUCGACAUUGCCACCAACCGAUUCGAAACCGACAAGACGGUUUUUACAAUCCUAGACGCACCGGGUCACAGGGACUUUAUUCCCAAUAUGAUUGCUGGGGCAAGCCAAGCCGAUUUCGCGAUACUUGUCAUAGAUGCAAGCACUGGCGCUUUCGAAUCCGGUCUCAAGGGCCAAACACGAGAACAUUCGCUGCUUAUUCGGAGCAUGGGUGUCUCGAGGGUCAUUGUGGCAAUCAACAAACUCGACACUGUCGGCUGGUCGCAGGAGAGGUUUGACGAGAUCAAGAAUCAGGUCUCUGGCUUUUUAUCAGCAACCGGGUUCCAACAAAAGAACAUCACCUUCGUCCCCGUGUCUGGUCUGCAUGGCGAUAAUCUAGUGCGGAAGUCGUCAGAUCCGGCGGCGUCUUGGUACACGGGCCCGCCACUUGUGGAAGAACUCGAAAACUCGGAGCCGAGCGCAAGAGCAUUGGCCAAGCCACUACGGAUGACCAUUUCAGAGGUUUUCCGUACCCCACAGAGCCCGAUCUCAAUAUCUGGCCGAAUCGACGCCGGGUCUCUUCAGGCGGGCGAUCCGCUUCUAAUUCAACCAAGCGGAGAGAAGGCAUACGUCAAGUCGCUCCAGGUUGAUGAGGAACCGGUGGAAUGGGCAGUGGCCGGCCAGAACGCGGUACUCCACCUGACCAACAUCGAUCAGGUUCACGUACGAGUGGGGGAUAUCAUCUGCGACCCGGCGAAGCCAAUCGAAUGCCUGGACACGUUCACUCUCAAAGCGCUGGCUUUCGACUUUUUGAUGCCAAUGCAGGUGGAUGUACAUCGGGGUAGGCUGCAUGCCGCGGGAAGGAUAGAGUCCAUCACGGCGCUUUUGGACAAGGUAACGGGUGCGGUGGUAAAAAAGAAGCCAAAAAUCGCAAAGCCGGCAACUGUAGCGAGGGUCGUGGUGAAACUGAACUCGACGGUGCCGCUAGAAGCUGGGCAGAGGGUCGUCUUGAGAAGUGGUGGAGAAACUGUGGCAGCUGGGUUGUUAGAAUAG